AUGCUUCGCAGCAGACUCUAUCAGCUUUGUGUGACCACCUUUUUAUGCAUCUUUUUAUGUCAUGGAAGUUUGCAUGAAGAUAUCUGUGUGGAGACAGACAAGCAAGCCCUUCUCAAGUUAAAGGAAGGUUUUGUUCAUGGAAUGGAGCUUCUAUCUUCUUGGAACGGUGAUGAUUGUUGCAUAUGGAAAGGAGUUUCAUGCAAUAAUUUAACAGGUCAUGUAACCUCUCUUCGUCUCAGAUUUUCAAAUUCUACACGUGUUGAAGAAUUAAACUAUCUUUUAGACACAAUGCCAGAAAUGGAAUUUUUCAGUGUCCCUACAGAAUUGGGAG